AUGCUGGACCCCCCCAUUUCCCUGGAAUACACCCACCCUUCAUCCCUGCCUGAACUGCGUCCCGUCGCGCUCUUGCGCCUAGGAGCGUCAAGUGCCGAGGGUCAAGGAGACCGUACCGCUGCGCCCGCCGAGGCGCUGCCGGGAAGUUGCGGCCGGCCGGUCCGGCGGGCCGCCGCCCGGGUGCUACCCGGCGUACCUUUGUCGACCGGGACCAUGCGGGUGCGGCUCGAUUCCAACGGAUCGGACAACUACAAGGAGGCGAGCCGGCUGUACAGGAGGACGAUCUUCACUAGCGACGACUGGCUCACCUUCCGAUCGACCGAGCGCUUGUUCAGCAACCUCUCCACCAUGUUCACCUCCGGCAUCAUCCGAGGCCUCUGGGUGGAGGUGGGGGUCGUGACUUUGACUGCCCUGCUCGCCUACUUCACUAACGCUGCCAUCCUAAACGGGCUCAUUCCCGACGUCCCCCGGGACGGAACCUUCAUGCUCGCCCUGCCGACGCUGCCGUUCCAGCUCUCCUCUCCUGCCCUCGCCCUCCUCCUCGUCUUCCGGACCAACACGGUCUACGCGAGGUGGAACGAGGCAAGAUGCAACUGGAUGAGGAUAGAGCAUCUGUGCAGCAACAUCGCGAGGCAGGGCAUGUCGUACCUGGAGAAGGAGUACAGGGAGGAGCAUGCGCGGAGGGUUGUCGCUCUGUCCCACGUCCUGAAGGAUCACUUCCGCCACGAUCCUGAUGAGGAGCAGAAGCUGAAGUCAAAGCUGACGCAGCUGCUGGGGAGGAAGGAGAGCGAGAGGAUCAUGAGCUCAUCGGUGCGGCCGGUGCAGGCGCUGGCAGACAUCACGAGGAUCGUUCGGCGAUCGCAGGAGAUUGAUGGGAGUACCAAGGCAAGAUUUGACCUCCACCUGGACGAGCUCACCAGCGCAUGGGUAGCAUGUGACAGGCUGCAGAAGAUGCCGGUUCCGCUGGUGUACACCCGUCACACUGGUCGCUUCCUCGCCCUGUGGAUCUUGCUGCUUCCGUUUGCGCUGGUGAAGGAGCUCGGAGACAGCUUCCUUAUGGUCCCCGUCUGCUCCCUUGUGGGAGUGUUCUUCUUCGGGAUCGAGGAGCUCGGCGUGCAGAUCGAGGAGCCGUUCUCCAUCCUCCCGCUCGAGGACUACGUGGACUGCAUCGAGCGCAACGAGAAGCCGAGCGAUCCCGUGGUAGGGGAGGAUGCAGAGCCUUGGAACUGA